CUAUAAAUCCGGGAUUAUAUAUAUAUAUUUUGUUGGUCCGACAGCUGUGAAUUUUCCACAAGGCGCCACAAAGAAAAGCAAUGACCUACAAAAUUAGGGAAAUAACCGCAACCCACAUCCCGCAGCCUAUGUAGUUUGAAAAGAAAGUGUCGCUGGUGGUUGAAAAUGAGCUCACGUGUUGACGCCUCUGGUCUAGGGCAAACAAGCGAGACAACUUCUCUCAACAAAAUGUAUAGCUUCGAUCUAUCUGGGCACAGGUCCAGCCAGUAUGAGGGCGUAAAUGUUAACGGAAUUUACUCCUGUCCCGUCCCCACGACCUCUGUGCAACGGGAUGAGAUGAGAGCCAGCCUGCGUGGCCAAACGGAUACUCCUUUGCUGUCAGGAACACAGAUAACCAUGGUCUCCAGUAGCUCUUCCGUGGACGCAAGCGGGCUAAACUACGGCGACCGAACGCUGCUGGGACUAGGGGCAGUUGGAAACCCGGACAGGACCGCAAAAUCCAGCGGCAGCAAGAACCAAGAGAGUGACAGAAACGCGGAUAACACGCAGUCAGUGAAACGAAACACAAGUUUGAACCAGCUUCAGGAAAGUGAGCAGCGGCCGCAGAUUUAUCCAUGGAUGACAAAACUGCACAUGAGCCACGAAUCGGAGGGUAAGCGGUCCAGGACCAGUUACACCCGGUACCAGACUCUCGAACUGGAGAAAGAGUUUCACUUCAACCGGUACCUGAGCCGCCGCAGGCGCAUAGAGAUCGCCCACACUCUGUGUCUAAACGAGAGGCAGAUCAAAAUCUGGUUCCAGAACAGACGGAUGAAGUGGAAGAAGGACUCAAAGCUCAAAGUGAAGGAGUAGAGAUGCUCGCGGGGAGCACGCACGCAGCACCCCACUCUGCAGAGCGCACGCGGAGCGCAGGAGUGCCGCCUGACCUUCAGAUGAACCGCAAGGAGCAAUGACAUCAUGACACCGCUCUGUGUGCUUCAUCACCAAUUAUGUGUCACUUGCUGCAGUUUGGGACCUAAUGUAUUGAAUAUCAUUCACUUUGAUCAAUCGGUUUACAUUUCUAAAUUAAUUUGCUGCCCAUGCGAUGAUAACCCCACUUUACUGCGUGUAAGGAACAGGAGGUUGAGGGGAGCUCGUCCCCGAGAGGCUUGGCUCUGCACUGCACUCACAAGAUGCACAAUAUUAAUAAUCCGCUUAUGGUUAAGAUAAGAGGUCACUGUGCGAGGAAUGAAGUCAUUUCCAACUCUGCCAGUUUAUGUUUAGAGUUCAGUGAAUCAAAUAAAGGAAAAAGAAAGUCGUGCUGUCCUGAAAGGGUUAAGAUCCUGUUAUUUUAUCAUGCUUGGAUGUUGUGGAAUGUGUGUGGACUGACCAGUGUGCCUGUAAGUGGAUUCUCCGUCUGUGUCUGUCAUUCCUCGUGGAAGUGAAUCAUUCUGUAAACUGUAUUGACUGUAUGUUAAAAUAUUGUAACGUGCAAUGAAGUCGUUUCUCUCCUGACGGUGCCUGCUAAACACAAGGCCUCAAAAAUCACUGAAAGAUAGCCUGUUUGUUGACUGUCAUUAAUAAAGUUAUUCAAAAUGAGGACA